AGCAUGAACCCUCUCCACCAUUUAGUUAAAGGCUUUCAGUUCAAAUAGUUUCUCUCCUAUACCUUCUCUUGACUGCUUACCUAGCUUCAGCUUUUCCUUCCAACCUCUCCCCAGACUGCCAAGCUAUAUCAGAGAAUAGUCAAAACAUAUCUUCAAUAUAGUCAGUAUUGUCAGUUUUAUUACCUCAUUAUCACUAGAAUAGUUCCCUUUCCUUCACACAGGAAAGCGGAACGUUUGUAUUUUCAAUUUCUUUCAGAUUGGAAGACAUGGACUGAGAUGAAGCUUUCAACUUCAAAGCAAUACAUUUCCAAAGAAUCAUCAUUCUAGGGCAUAGUGAUGGAAAGAAUUAAAAUGGAUGGAUCUUGGAAUUCUGCAUUAGAAGAAACUUUGGCAUUUGAGGGUAGUAUAGAUAACCUGCAGAGAAAACCCGAAAAACAAUUGCAUCAAGUAGGAAUGCAUAGAAAAACACUUACUUGGAAGAAAGGCCCUGAAUGUGAUGGUUUUGGGGAAACCCUUAAUCUGAGCUCAAACUUAGUAAAGCAACCCAGACUUUUUAUAGGAGAGAAACCUUACAAAUAUGAUGGACAUGAAAAGAACUUCAAACAUAACUUGGAUACAGUUAAACAUCAUAGAAUCAACACAGAGAAGAAAUCUUGUAAAUGUAAUGAAUGUGGGAAAGCCUGCAGUUACUAUUCAGAUCUUAUUCGUCACCAGCGAAUUCACAUUGAAGAAAAACCAUUCAUAUAUGAUGAAUGUAGAAAGUCUUUUGGUGAUCCAUCACCCUUGAUUCGACAUCAAAAAAUUCAUACUGGGGCACAACCCUAUGAAUGCCAUGAAUGUGGAAAGGCUUUUAGUGACCGAUCAACCUUUAUUCAACACCAGAGAAUUCACAGUGGAGAAAAGCCUUAUGAAUGCAAUGAAUGUGGGAAAUCAUUUAGCCAAAAGAAGCACCUUAUUCAGCAUCAGAGGAUUCAUACUGGAGAAAAACCCUAUGAAUGUAGUGAAUGUGAGAAAGCAUUUAGUCAGAGGACCCAACUCAUUCAACAUCAGAAAACUCAUACUGGAGAGAAACCCUAUAAGUGUAAUGAAUGUGGAAAAUUCUUCAGCCGCAGCACACACCUUACUGAACAUCAGAAAACACAUACUGGAGAGAAACCCUAUAAAUGCAAUGAAUGUGGGAAGGCUUUCACUUAUCGCUCAACCUUUAUUCGGCAUCAUAUAAUUCAUACUGGUGAGAAACCAUAUAUAUGUAAUGAAUGUGGGAAAGCCUUUAGUCAAAACUCAAUCCUUACUGAACAUCAUAAAACUCAUACGGGAGAGAAACCCUAUAAAUGCAAUGAAUGUGGGAAAGCUUUCAGUUCCUGUUCAUACCUUAACCAGCAUCAGAAAACUCAUACUGGAGAGAAACCCUAUAAAUGUAAUGAAUGUGGGAAAGCCUUUAGUUAUUGCUCAUCCCUUACUCAACAUCAGAGAACUCAUACUGGAGAGAAACCCUAUGAAUGUAAUGAAUGUGGGAAAGCCUUUAGUUGUUGGUCCAACUUUAACCAACAUCAGAAAACUCAUACUGGAGAAAAACCCUACAAAUGUAAUGAAUGUGGAACAGCCUUUAGCCAGAGCACUCGCCUUACUCAACACCAGAGAAUUCAUACUGGAGAGAAACCAUAUGAAUGCAAUGAGUGUGGAAAAUCUUUCAGUCUAAGCACUCGCCUUGUUGAACAUCAGAAAACUCAUACUGGAGAGAAACCUUAUAAAUGUAGUGAUUGUGAGAAAGCUUUCAGUAGAAGCACCCACCUUACAGAACAUCAGAAAACUCAUUCUGGAGAGAAACCCUACAGAUGUAAUGAAUGUGAAAAAGCUUUCACUUGUAGUUCAUCCCUGAUCAGACAUCAAAGAUUACAUGUUUGAAAGUAAUUAUGUAAAUGUAAUGAGUAUGGAUGAAAAAAAAAUCAGAAACCACUUUGUUAAAUAUUUUAGUCAAGAGAUCUAAAUAGAAAAUUAAGUUGAUUGAGAGCAGGCUCUUUACAUCUAAGUUUCCUUGUACAACUUCUGUUGUAGUCCAUAUAGAUACUUGUUGAUAUUUCAUUAAAAUAACUGUGUUAUUUAUGUAGCAAUUCAAGUUAGAAGGAUCACUAAAGAGCUUUUCAAAGAUCAGUCUUAAGCCAAACAUAGAUCAAGAUAGGGACUAAGGUAACUUUCUCCCUGAGGAUGAAAUAGCCCAAAAGAAAUAUUGUUUUAAGAAUUAGUAGUUCUACUAGUCACAGCAGUAUUAUCUUCUCCUAGCAAUUUUGCCUCCAAAGUUGUACUAGUUGACUUCCUGUUCCAAAGAAAUGGCAGUGAUUUUCAAUUACCAGAGCCUGGAAAAGGGUCCUGAAAUGUACACAUCAAUCCUAAAAUGGUAUUGUUUUUCUAUUGUGAUAAUCAUUGUUUUAUGAAAAAUUUAAAACAUAUUAUUUUGGUUUCCUAAUUGAUUUUCCUAAUUUGACUUAAGCAUCAAAGCCAAAAAAGUUUUGAAGCCAUUAGAUUAAGUUUGUCAAUCUGAAAAAUCCUGUGCAAUAAUAUUCCUACUUUGUUCUCCUAGGAAUGUAAUAAUUAUAAUUGGAACAAAGGAGCCAAUGCUGUUUAUAUGGGCCAGGAAUCCAAAAGCACUUGUCUGUGGCAAUGGAUUUUUUUUUCUUUCCUUGAACUAAUUCUUUCUGCUUUCACCUACAGAUUGUUAGGAUAAAAUCAACAUAACUCAGAUAAAAGGAACAAAUAAAAGUCAAAGAAAGACUAUAGAAGCUUGAUUUUAAGGUCAGUUUUGCUUUACGUGGCAUUUAGUUUUAUCAAAAUGUCUCAUCAUGGUAUUUGUAAAUUACUCUACAGAUCUCAUGUUACAUAGAUCACAUGAACCUCAACUCUGAGAAAGGAAAACAGGCCUUGAAAGAGAGGAAAAGACUUUUGAUCGCAGGAUGAGGUUAGAAGUGAACCAAAGUACGUUCUGUAGUUCUCAUGACAAAAAUGAUAGAGAUCCUAAAAUAUUUAUUAGAGGGAAAUCCCAGAUCUAGACAAGGAAGAUACAACUUCAGCUUCAUGGGAAUGAAUAAAUAUCUGUCCUGCUACUGCCUUGAUUCUUCCCUAUAGGGGGGCAGGGCACGGCAUUUGGUCUCUGGGGGCACAUGUUAUGCCACUUGGUAUCUGGGGGGGUCAGGGGGGCCUGGCACUUGGUCUCUAAAAGGUUCAUCAUCAUUGCCCUAGAGGUUUCAGCUAUUGGCAUAUGGAAAGGCCUUGGGAUGGCUUAAAAGAGCAGAGCAUGGGGGGAGCUGGUUGGCUCAGUGGAUUGAGAGUCAGGCUUAGAGAUGGGAUGUCCUAGGUUCAAAUUUGGCCUCAGACACUUCCUAGCUGUGUGACCCUGGGCAAGUUACUUAACUCCCAUUGCCUAGCCCUUACCACUCUUCUGCCUUGGAGUCAAUUGGCUCCAAGAUGGAAGAUAAGGGUUAAAAAAAAAAAGAGCAGAGGAUAAAACUCAGGAAGGCUUUAAUGUCCUCUAUUUUACUUGGAAAGAUUGUAGUUGAUGAUUUCCCAGUCAUCCAAGUGGUGUGAAUGGUCAGAUCUAUCCUUGGUAGUGGGUAAGGUUUAGAGGCCCAUUCCACAACCAUCAAGAAGGUAGUGAAUGGAGCAGGACCCUUGAAUUCCUUUCCAAAGGGGUAAAAAUUGGAGGAUGGUGGUAAAUGUUCAUCUGGGAGAUAGGAAAGGGAAGGGUAGGGAAGUUUUAGGGAGAAAUAUUCCUGCAAUACGUACCCUUUUGAGUUCUUUGUAUCUGGUGAAAUCUGGAUAUUAUAUAUUUUGUUGAAAAUUCAACCUUUUUUUUUGCAGAAUGUUAUUCUGAGAGUAAGCUAUUUUAUUUAGAUUUUUGGUAUGCUGUAUUUGUUUGUUAUAAAGUUCAUUUUUUAUUAAGAAAAAAUUAUUUCUUCUUCAUCCUAUUUGUACUUCUAUUAAAAAAUAACAAAA